UCGACUUUUACUGUGAAAUUUGUUCGAAUAAAGAAGCUAGUAGGCAACUGGAAAACCAAUAAAGAUUAUUUGGAUCCGUUUCUGAAUCAAGAAAAUUGGGGAAACAUCAGCGAUGUGAUGGGAUUUCGAUCGGUAUUGAAACUAACACCUUCUCACCCCAGAAAUCCAAAUUAUAAAUACAUUUGCGAGCAAAUCAAAUCGACAUCGGCCAAGCCUCCAUUUUGUGUUCCAUAUCAUCAUAAAAUAUUCGAUAGCAUAUCUGUACCCAUUCAAGCGGCGUAUUUAUACGACGCCGUCAUGAUUUACGCGCGAGCUCUUACGGAAGUUUUCGAAAAUAACGAAGAUCCACGAAACGGCACCGCCAUUUUAGAUAGGAUCAUCAACAGAUCCUACCACUCUAUACAAGGAUACGAUGUAUUUAUAGACGGAAAUGGGGACGCGGAAGGUAAUUUCACUGUUGUAGCUCUGCUCGAUGACAAAGAGAUGAACGGAACGAUCCGCAUGAGCAUGCAACCGGUCGGAUAUUUUCAAUACAAACCUAACGGAAGUAAUACGAUGUUCGCUUUACCCGAAUUUAAAUAUUUCGAUUUGGAUCGUCCCAUACAAUGGGUUGGUGGGAAAUUACCACGCGCGGAGCCGAAAUGUGGUUUUAAAGGGGAGAAAUGUAUUUAUAAAAUCGAUUGGAGAUUGGUGGCUACUAUGGUACUUGUAUCGACUAUAGUAAUAGUGGGAAUAUUGUUUGCAGUGAGAUAUACCAAGUUGUUCAUUAAAAGAUUCAUCCUUCAACACGAAGAGAUCGAUUUUGUAGUAGUCGGUACCAAUUCAAAAUUAGAUAAAUUCCUUCAAAAAGAAAACAACCCCUUCGAUAUAAUCAGAAAAACUAUUUUUAACGGUAGAUUGGAACGU